AUGGCGGACGCAACAUCUUCGUCCUCAACCCCACCGCUCCUGCCUGGCGGGUUCCACGCGUUCAACCCGCAAGCGGACUUCUCGGACAACACGGUGACCAACACCUCCCGACCGCUCACCGACGCCGUCAUCACGAUCCGCAUUAUCAAAUCGUUCGAGUUUCGCUCCAUGAAGGCUUACGUUCUCAAACACGUCGACCUUACCACCACUACGAUCGCUUCACUCGAGGACCUCUGUCGGACCGAAGUGAGGAGCAGUCCAACCUUCAAAGCCUUCCGCAGCUACGCGGAAAAGUUGGACACGCUCAAGCUGUAUACGCGCGCCCACGGAAGUAAGACCACCAACCUCAUCAUCAACCUCGACCACGACGAUUGGCUGCUGGAAGAUCGAAACCUCCCAAAGCUGGCAGGCGCAGACGGGGAGAGGACAAAGGAGACGACCACCCUGGCAGAUAUCGGGGUGGAGAACGAAACCGAGCUGAGCUUUUUCAACAAGCAGGCGUACGAGGAGUUCUUGGCCAAUCCGAACACCAAAUGGGACGCUACGGGCUAG